GGAGACAGGCAGACGGAGCGCAGACCUCAGACCAGCUCUCCUCACCUCGGCCCACUUCCCUGCCUUUCCAGCCCGGUUCCCGCGGACAAAUCUGACCGCGGAUCAGUUCUCACCACACUACGAGCUUACGCCAACCAGGACUGAGAGCAGAGGAAACCGUGUUCGUCUGCAGCCAAGGCGCUUCCACCAGGGCAGAGCACACGGCGAGGGAGCGGACGGUGUUAUCAGACGAAGAGGGACUGGAAGCAGUGGGAAGCAAUGUGGAAGUGAGGCUCUAAUGCAAAUAUACAGUUUAGGUUAGCAGAGAGACGUCGGCUGGCACCGCGCGGGGAGAAAGAGAGACGAGUGUUAACGUGAAGCCAAUUAUUUCCUACGCUUUCUAUUAUUGGCAGUGGGAGCAGUGUUUUCUCCCCGAGCUACAUUUAUGAACAGAGCUAGCGGAAUGUAACGUUAGCGGGCGAGCUAAUGUUAGCAGGCUAAUUAGCUUGUCAGGCAUCCAGGAGUCGGACGUGUGAUCUUUAUUGAAAUAGGUCACUGUUCGGUGACUGGCUUCACUUUUUAGGGAAAAGGUUGAACUUAAUGUGUUUCGUGCGGAGUCCUGGUGUAGUCGGAAUGCUCUGCAACGAAUAACCGACGCUAAUUUAGACAAUAAACAGCGCGUGUUGCCUGCAUUGAUGUAAAUCUGUUCAGUAUUUUUACGUCUACGCGUCUUGGGGGAAAAGCCACAUCCAUUGUGAACAUCGAACGAGAGGGAAAGAAGGCAGAUAUAUCACACACACUUUUGACUGGAGACUGUCUGCCGUCCAAUGUUAAUGUCGACCGACGUUGCAUCUAUAAUGCUACCCGUUAGUCGGGGAAUAAUGGACCGGGAAAGAGACAUUGACACGGCGGCUGGAGCCCUUGCGAACGCGCCUGGGGGUCCAGCAGCUGUCCGUGGUAUGAAGCGAGGAGACCCGGAGCCCGACGCCCAGACAGCCGCUGCCCUGACUGACUUAGCCGGGGCGGAGUGCAAGAGACCAAGGAUAGACGGGACCGGGAGUGUUAUUGGUGACAUUGGACAGAACAAUGAGCCUUUAAACCCUGGUUUCCAUGGAUACGCACCUCACAGCCAGGGCUCUCAGGAUUCGGCAGCAGGACAGGAGGGUCUGGUGGCCCCGCCCUUUACAGCAUUCCCCCCUCCACCCCCACCUCAGAACGGGCUCGCAGGGUCAGAGUUUGGCCCCGGGGCCAUGUUUGGUGCUGGGGGCCAAGGAGCAGCAGAGGUAGGGGCAGGCGGUAAUGGAGGCACCGCCGUUACCACCACAAACGGCAACAACAGCGGAAAAACAGAUGAGACAUCCCCGGGUGAGGUGGGUGUACAGUGUGGAACAGGAGGCGCAGGAGCAGGAGGCUCUGCAGGAGACUCCGCGGAGGCCAAAGGGACCCCCAAACGCCUCCAUGUCUCCAACAUCCCCUUCCGCUUCCGGGAUCCAGAUCUCAGGCAGAUGUUUGGGCAAUACGGGAAGAUUCUGGAUGUGGAGAUUAUUUUCAAUGAGAGGGGUUCAAAGGGAUUUGGCUUUGUGACGUUUGAGACCAGCGCAGAUGCAGAGAAAGCCAGAGAAAAGCUCCAUGGCACAUUGGUGGAAGGUCGGAAGAUUGAGGUGAAUAACGCCACCGCCCGGGUGAUGACUAACAAGAAAAUUGUCAGCCCGUACCCUAACGGAGAGGCUCUUAGCACUCUGCCUUAUGCAGGGUGGAAAUUGAGUCCCAUGGUGGGGGCUGUGUAUGGCCCAGAGCUGUAUGCAGUCCCAGGGUUUCCCUACCCAUCAGCAGCCGCGGCAGCCACAACAGCAGCAGCAGCAGCGUUUCGGGGUGCUCACCUCAGAGGCAGAGGUCGUCCCGUUUAUAGCGCUGUGCGAGCCGCUGUGCCUCAGCCUGCUAUUCCUACUUACCCUGGUGUGGUGUAUCAGGAUGGUUUUUACGGAGCUGCCGAACUGUAUGGAGGCUACCCUGCUGCUGCCGCCGCCGCCGCCGCCUACCGCUACGCUCAGCCUGCAGCCGUAACUGGAGCGACCGCCGCAGCUGCCGCCUACAGUGACAGUUAUGGCCGGGUUUACACCACAGAUCCAUACCAUGCUUUAGCUCCGGCUGCUGCUGCUUACGGUGUGGGAGCCAUGGCCAGUUUAUACCGGGCAGGAUACAGUAGGUUCGCUCCGUACUAAGAGCCACAAAUCACACCCAAGGAAUUUCACAUUGCUCCAAAACACUUUUUCAAGCUCUUUGUUUGGCUGGAGCUCCCUUUCAGUUUUCUGCAGGUGGACUAAAGUGACAGCUCCUUUGUUUUUCUCCUCCUUCUUGUUCUUUUUUUUUUUUUUUUUUCUUUUUGUGGCCAGGGAGGUCAACGCCACAUCAUCAACUCAAAAUUCCAUUUCUGUACACUUCUGUCUGUCACUGACAUGGAAACAAUGGGGAAGAAACAACCACCAGGAGCAUCUCCCACAUAAAAAGCUGGAGCCUACUUCUCUGAUCCACGUGGCACAAUUUAGGAUGUUUUUUUUGUUGUUUUUUUUAGAAACACUAUGGGACCUGGAAGUAGAGAGACUAUUGUUCCUGUCUGAUCCUGAACACUACAAACCUUUUUCCUAAGAGUCUCUGAACUCACGAUAUAUCCACUGCCCUGUAAGACCUAAAUCAGACGUACAUACUCAAGCGUAAUGUUCUUCAGCACCAAGUAUACACUUUCCUCUAGUUUACAUUUUACUUUUUGUUUUGACCCGCACAGAAUGACAGAAAUGCCACAGCACAGCAUUACGUAAAGAAGGUACUUUAGGUUUUUAAACACUACAUUAAUGUAAAGCUAUGCUCUCACAGAAGACACGCCCCUCUGGUUUAUCAUUGUGGUGUAAAAAUGGAGAGAGAAAAAAAGACAAAGAAGGAAGAAUCGAAUUCUUGACUGCUCCAUACAGAAGACGCGGGGAAACAUCCCCGUGUUUUUGUAAACCUGGGACACCGAACAUUCAGCUGGAGGCAACCUGGGAGCGUCUGAGUGACAGAAACCACUGUUGCCCCGGUAACGGCAAACUAGGAACCACACUACACUGGGGGGGGGCGAAAUGUUUUUUUGUCGUUUUUCAAUAUGUCUCAAGUUUUCUCCAAGUUUAAAAGGAAACACACACAAAUUGACAAAAAGACAAGGAAAGAAACAUCUGUUAAUUCUGCAUUACCUCAUUCAUGUAUAUGUAUAUACACACAUACAUAUAUAUGUGAAUAUGAAAUGUGUCCAUUACUUUCAGAGACGGAGCCGUUCAUGAGUCCAUCACCUCAUAUUGCAACACUAAAAGCAAACGCCCUUUUUUUUAGCCGCGAUCCGACUCGUCCAUUUUGAAUAUCCGGCGCUCUCCGCCUCAAAAAUUCGACCAUGAUCUGCUACGAGGUCCUUCUUCCCCAAAAAAAGGACACAGUCUAUUUCUCUCCUCUGCACCCAGUCAUCAGACAUUCCAGCAGCAGCGUUUGCAGGGAAUGAGCGCUUCGCGUGGACGUGGGACCCGUCGCAAAACACGGAUGAACUAGAUUUAGCAAAAGCGGGUGUGAGGUGGGAACGCCGCAGGAUCCUCUGCCAGUCAGCCAAACGGGAAUAUCCCUCCUGGACAGCUGAGAUAUUUAUGCCCGCAGGCUUCAGUUAGAGCAGCUUGUGUGUGUGUGUGUGUGUGUGUGCGCAUGUGUGUGUGGAAACGCUGUCUGAUCUCAAUCCGGCAGAACAGCAGAUCCCUGCAGAACAGCCCAGAUUAGAACGCAGUCAGUCGGGGCGACGUUGAGACAAAAGACUUCGCACUCAUGUAACAAAACCUUGAAGUAACGAGAAGUUUUUAUUUAUAUGCAUAGUUUUCACUAGUUGUCCACAUUAUUUUGUCAUUUUUAAAUCCUGCAUCAUGAGAGUUUUAAAGUUCUCUUUACCGGUUUGUCUGAAGGCGUCACGUGAAGACUUGACCCAAGUCUCUGUCCUAUGUAUUUCACCUCCAUAUACUCCUACUAUGUUGUUAUUGCUAUUCAUUUGCCUUUUUUUGGUUCCAAAGAUUUCUCUGAAAGAAAGCACAUUUCUGGUCCUGAUGUACUUCUUAUUAUGUUUGUGCUUGAUUUUCUUUUCUUUUCCCUCUGUGGGUUGACUCUGUGUUCCAUCACUAACCGUGUGGAAACAGCACCAGGGAAGCUCCAAAAAGAAUUGCUGCAUUUUGGGGUUUUCUGAAAUCCGAUUGGCUCUAGACACUUAUUUAUUGUCUCUUGCUUUUUAAAAACAGUAUAUAUAUAUAUACAAAUAAAUGAAAUCCACGGCCACGCAGAGGCAGGAUGUGCUGCAGAUGAGAGAAACCGGGGCAGAUGGAAUCAUGAGGGACACGUACAGAGAAACGGAGGCAGUGGUGUGAGGAUGUUACGAGUUGCAUUUUGCCAGCAGGUCCAAAUGACACGCAGGAGUAAAUGUGGGAGAGACGUCCACACAAUGUCAAAAAGGACCCCGUGUCCCAGCAGUGGCCACCGUUUGAACAAUGGAACAAUGUGUGGGUGAUUAGUCGGGGGACAGUGUGGCAGCGAUGGUGAAGGUGACGGCAGAACAACAUCCCCUACUGUCGCUUUAUUUUAGGUCUUUCCCGUGUGCUCAGGGUGCAGCGGACAGUGUGAGGAGGGCUAAUGUUGUUUUUGUAUGAUUGUGAAUACUGUGUGCAGUAGGUCCAUUAAGUAUUUUCAAAUGCUCAUACCUCUUCUUUAUUUCUUUUGUUUGUUGUCUUAUUAUCCCUUACAAGUAUUAUCAUAAGUGUUGCUAUGCAUGCUUUUGUGAGAGAGGAAAAAGGCGUCAGUCAGGAUCUUUUUUCAUUUGUUUAUGAAUUCAAAUCAAAGUGCUGGAGGAGGAGGAAGGUGGGGGUGUUUGUGUAGCAGAGGAGAGGAGAAAGUACCCGGAAGUUAAGUGAUGUCAGGAGGUAACGGAGGUGUAGGGCUGGGUAUUGAUUAAAAAUCCCCACUAUGGUAUUGAUAUCUGCAUAUUGAUGUCAUCCAUCCAUCUUCUACCGCUUUAUCCUUUUUGAUACUAAUUUUAUUCAAUUCGUUUUAGCAAAAACACGACAUGACACAUUACUCAUGUAAGAGUCUUUAGUUUUAGUCUUGUAGUGGAACACGGUGCAGCAGCAGCAGCAGCAGCAGCAGCAGCAGCAGUAGCAGCAGCAGCGCUCCGCUCUCUCUGUUCUCAUAUGUAGUCCCUGCACUUUAGGUUUUCUUGAAAUACCUUCAUUCAGUGAACAAGCACCAGCCUCUCACACACACACACACACUCGUCUUCGGGUUGUUACUUCCUGCCGUUUCCCUGAGGUUCUGUGAGAUGUUGUCAUAGAGCAUGCUGCAUGCUUAUUGGCUCACUGACACUGACACUACUUGGGUACUGAAGUUUGAUGUGGAACGACGAUAGAAUCUUGUGAUCCGAGUUCAAUACCCAGCUCUACGCAGUCGUCUCAGUGAAGAGUUUCUCUUCAGGGUUUGUGGCGGGGGAGGUGAAGAGGAGGCUGAUUUAGUCCACUCCUGCUCUGCGCCUCCUCGGUCGUCACGAUAAUCACCAGUCACAUCAGAUGUGUAAAGUCUAAUUUGGUGUGUCUGGACCUGCGCGGGGUUGCUUUUAUAAUGACGGUAAAUGAGCGACAACCCUGUCUGCAGCUCGUCUUGUGUUUCUGCACAGAGACUAGGCUGCUGAUGCAUAAGCAGCAGCAGCAGCAGCAGUAGUAGUGCAUUUAUUGAGAGAGAUGCUCCUUUUUUUUUUUUUUGCAACAUCUCCACCUUGCUCGUCCAGUCGGCAGACGCCGGCAUUGUCGGGGUGUAAUGGUUAUCGAGCAGCUGCAGGUUCCCUCGGCUUGUUUUCGUCUCCUCUAAUUUGAGUCAAUCUUAUUUUAUGAGGCUGCAAAAAAAAAAAAGCCACAGCAGAGGUUAGAUGCUGGAAGGACGCGGAGGCAGAGGCUCUCCUCGGCCGCUGACACCGACUCCCUGCACUGUGCCCCCAAGUCAACCCAGUGGGAGUUUUUGUACAGGGGAUUUAAUAAAUGGGUUUAAAUUGCAUGUGGAGGCUUUUUUUUUUUUUAAAUGUCACAUGCUCCUAAAACUCGUUUAUCCAAGUGAUUUUUUCCCCAAUAAGUGACAUGUAUUUUCUCACAAUGUUUUAUUUUGCCACCCUUGUGUCUGCCUUCUGUUUAUUCUCUUCAUUAUUAUUGAAUGUAUAUAAUAAAUAAACUGUUUGGUUUUUA